UAGUCGGAGUUCCUACUCUAAACUGUCCCAGGACCGCGAGCUGAGACCCCCUCCGUAUUUAUUUAAAGCUCUUGGGAUUUCAUUCUCAGGGAUGGCAGCGUCUAUUCUGGAGGACGAUGCUCGCUACGGCUCCAGUCCCCUGGCAAUGCUGACAGCCACCUGUAACAAGUUCGGCAGCACCAGUCCGGUCAGGGACUCUGCCACACCUGGCAAGACGGGUAACGCCGCACCAGGAAAGAAGCCCUACAGCCUGAUUUCGGACCUCCAGGCCCCUAAGGGUGGGAGGGUUGGCGACGGCCUGCCGGAUUCCUACACUGGUUCCUUCAAUGCAGGCGGUGGGCUCCUGACUCCCUCCGGCAGCCCUCCGCAGCCAGCCGGGGGCUACAGCUCUGAGUACAUCCCCUUCUCCCACUCCUUCCAGACCAACUCGGGCUCCCAGGAUCCGUCUUUGCUGGCGUCCAAGGCCCACGCCACUGCCGACUGCCUGACCAGUGUCUACACCUCACUGGACAUGCCGCAUCCUUAUGGCUCCUGGUACAAGGCCGGCAUCCAUCCCGGCAUCACGGCAGCGCCCGCCAACGCCACCUCCUCCUGGUGGGAUGUACACCCAAACUCAGGCUGGCUGAGCGCUGCCCAGAGCCAACCUGACGGCCUCCAGGGCUCCCUGCAGCCGGUGACCCCCCAGGCCUCCCUCAGCCCCCAGCUGCCCAGCUACAGCUCUGAUUUCGCACCCCUUAACCCUGCUCCCUACCCCGGCGUUGGACUCAGCUCCUCCUCCCACCUGCUCCAGUCCUCCCAACACGUGCUGCCGCAGGACAUGUAUAAGCCCAAGCCGGUUCCCGGUACGGGAAUCAUGGAGACUCCUGUGGGGCUGAAGCCGGCACGUGGGUCCGGAUCGGGAAGUUAUGGAGGGGGCAGCACCCCGGGCCGCUCCUCCUGCGACUGCCCCAACUGCCAGGAGCUGGAGCGCCUGGGAGCCUCAGCGGCCUCCCUCCGCAAGAAACCCGUGCACAGCUGCCACAUCCCCGGCUGCGGCAAGGUGUACGGCAAGGCCUCGCACCUGAAGGCCCACCUGCGCUGGCACACGGGCGAGCGGCCCUUCGUCUGCAACUGGCUCUUCUGCGGCAAGCGCUUCACGCGCUCCGAUGAGCUGGAGCGCCACGUGCGCACGCACACGCGCGAGAAGAAGUUCACCUGCCCGCUGUGCAGCAAGCGCUUCACGCGCAGCGACCACCUCAGCAAGCACCAGAAGACGCACGCCGAGGCCCCCCUGCAGGGUAAGGUGGCCGGCGAGGGCGAUCCUAACCCCAGGGGCGAAGAGACUGUAGACUCCGCCCCAACCGCGUCCGCCAAUGUCGUCCCGGACACAGUCAACACCGGGGAGGAGAAGCCAGGCAAUGGCGUGGAAACAGCCAGCAGUCUCCUGGAGAUCUAAGCGGCUGCUGUGGAUCGCCGCACGAAUAUUGGUGCUUAUUUCAGGUUCCCCAGUGCCCCACAGUAAAGGAGCUGCCUGCUUUAAUCUUUUAAUCGCAGAAAGUCAUAUUGUUGUUUUAAUUGCAGAUCUAUGAGGCUCUUUGCGGAAUGAAACUGACUGCAGAGCCCCGGCCGAUGGACUUGAGAGUGGCGGCUCUGAUGUCUAGCACACGCACACGCGGACACACACCACUGGGUCAAAUGUACAUCGAGACGGUCGACAGAAAAUGCCAGAAUAGCUUGUCGUCGGUCAGGGAGGCGGCCUCUCUGUAAUGGUGCUGCCUCCUGUGGAUGACAAGUGAAAAGCAGUCAAAGGAGGCGUGUACCGGUCCCCACCCCCUGUUAGAGUGAUAUUUGUUUUUACCUUGGCCAAAAAAGGUGGCAAAUGGCCAUUCCUGAUUGGGUGAAAGCUAAGACCAAUUUUUUAAAAGGAAAAAAAACAGAGGUAAUUGCUAUCACAAGACUCAUUAAAGUCAACCCAAACCCUAAGACCAACUCCAGACUUAUGGUUCUGGUUAGAAUCCAACACAUCCAUGGAAAUGUUGUGGAAAAAUGCCAGCUUGCCUUUAUAGCAACACUGCUGCACUCAUCAGUUCUUAAUUUAACCGCGGCACAACGACACCCUAACGAGAAACCAUGACUGGGGUCAAACAGAUUUGCCGAUUAGAUUCUCUGGGUCGUUCAGUGUCGUUUGCUGUGUUCUUUGUGUGUUUGCCUGUUCUGUUGGCAAGCUUCCCUCUUGUGUUUUAUUUAAUUGAUUCUUCACUCACGUCUCUUAUUUAUAUCUUAACUUAUGAGCAGAUUCUACCUGCAUACAAGAGAAUAAAUUCUGACGUCUUACAGGUAUUGUUUAAUUUAAUGGCAUGUUUGAUGGUACCUGGCCAUAGAUUAAACUUAGUAAAUGAAGAUUGUUCUAUUAUUUAUUGAAUUGUCUUAGUUAAUAAAACAGAAUGCAGGUGCUUUGGUUUUAGGUUUUUAUUUAUGUAUCUCGAUGAUUAGCUCUGUCUCGUGGCUGUUUAAUUUUAAAAUCGUGACUUUAUUUUACUCGCAUAGUUGAAAUAGUCGCUUUUCUAUUUUGAUUGCUUUUCCCAUAUUUAAUUUUUAUUUUAUUUAACCUCUCAAAAAGUGUACAUAUUCUUCUUCUUUGCUUUUAUAUGUUACCUUUCUAGAUGUAUUUAUUUCUUUUCUCACAAUAUUCUAACAAACCGAAAUGUGUGAAGUUUUAUUAUGAUCUUUUUUUAUUAUUAUUAUCGUCAUUAUUAAUAUUUUUAUUGAAUGACGGCCAUUUGCAUACCACACAGCUUAUCUAUUAUGAAAAAUCAUAUUCCAAAUAUUUUAAAUACGAAAUAAUAUAAAACUAUCACUACUAUUAGUAGCAGUAGUAAUUAUUAUUGUAGGUCACAGGAUUUGGCUAAGCUGUAAGGUGCUAAAGGUGCUAAUUAUUCUUUCUAUUCAAAUACAUACAUCUGAAUAUGUUUACUUAAAAUGUAAUGUUUAAAUUUUAUCGAAUGGUGCUUUUGUGCUUAUGAAGUACGUACAAAAAUUAUUCAAUAUGUAAAUAUACGUUAUAUGAUUAAAAAACCCUAAAAUGUUUUCCGCAUCAAUACUAAGGAGUACCCAGAAAAUGGUCUUUGUUUUUUUUUACGUUUUUUUUUAAUUCCUUACAUUAUUGUUUGAAAGUUUAAAAACAUGUGAUCUGUAAAUAGCGGUUGCUACUUUCAGCUAGGUGAUGUUGCCGCAGGGAAAUGGAACCUUUUUAUGUUUAAUUGUUGUUGUCGUAAUCCAGCGUGUGACCCUGUGUGUCGCACGGACGCUUUCUGUGGAGGUGCUGCGCCUCUUCACUGUAACUGAUCUGUUUGUUAAAGAAAAACACAACUUGACAGGAAGCAAUUCUUUAUUCACUUGGGAAAAAGCACAAAUAA